AUGACUGGUGGCUCGCGGACAUUCCACCACAAGACUAGGAACGGCUGUGGCCGCUGCAAGAAGCGGCGAGUCAGGUGUAAUCUACAAGCCCCGAGCUGCUACAACUGCACAAGACGAGGCGAGCUCUGCGACUAUCGAUUCCUCGGCAGAGAUGCCACCACCAGCCCCCUGAUUGUCUCGCCAAGUCAUGCGGCGUAUAUGGAGAGACGCAGCUACACGAGUGGUUCCUCGUCUCCAGAGACGCCGCUAGUAGGACUGAGAUUGUCGGUUAUGGCUCCGGUUUCCCACCCUCAGGCUGAUGUUGAUGCUACGCCUGUAACAGCGGUGUCUUGCCAUGUGGUUGAUAGCAUGGCGUUGUGUAUGCUACGAGACGAAGAGAGUCACUUGAUUCCUGAUGAACUUGCCGGUCAGACGGAUGCUAGCGAGUAUCUCGAACACAACAUGGCCAUGAUAUCAACCCUCCACAGCAACUCCACCACUUCUCUCUUCAGCAACGACUCCGACAGAACAAUAUCCGAUCUAUCAGCAUACCAGCAUCAAAUCGCAGCAUCAAGCAAAUUCCGCUCCUCCGUCAGCGCAAUCAGCGACCGCAACUGGUUCACCGUCCUCGUCUUUGCCAUAUCCGUCCUCAUCUUCCACUUCGACAUCCACAGACGUACAAAACGCGGCAGCAGCCUUGCAGACGAUGAACUCUUGGAACCCAUCUUGGCUCUUCGGGGCGCUGCGCUGCUGGGCAUCGAGUUGGGUCCGUGGCUCAUGAAGAGCAGGUUGCUUACCGUUAUACGAAGCCGUGUGGCGGCGGAGAACCCCCCGUGGGAUCAUCUUGCUGAACAGGCUGUCACGAAUCUCCAGCUGAUGAAUGAUGCUUCGCCGGCGAUGCGGAGUAACAGGGCGGUGUACAGGGAUGCGCUGGAGAAGAUGCAGUUCUGGUUGCGGCUUACGUCGUGUCGACCGCGUACUUGGCUGCAUUUUGUGUGGUGGCCUGGAGCCCUCGGCCAGGAGUAUCUGCAUCUCUUGGAGACGAGGGAUUCGAUGGCGCUUGUGAUUCUCGUGCACUGGUGUGCCGUGAUGAAGACCUCGCCGAGAAAGUGGUGGUUCAUGGAGGGCUGGGCGGAGAAUGUCGCCCGGCCGGUGAUUGUGCGGAUCGGGCCCGGGUGGGAUGGUGCCAUGGAGUGGGCGCUGUCGAGAAUAAGGGGGAGUGUAUGA